AUGGAAUUCAUCUUUAUAACAGAUAAUCAAAAUCGAAGUCUUCGAAAAAAAAUUGAAACGAAGUUAAAAAUCAAUGAUUUGCUGGCGAUGAUUCUAGGAUUAUUUGGAGUUAUUCUAGAAUACGAAGAAUAUGAGCUUUUCUAUGGCGAUGUAAAAUUAGAUACAGAUUCUAGCGGAAAUUCAAUUUUCACAGGAACAGACGAUCAAUACGUCGAGACAACUACAAUCACAGUACUUCGCAUUAUUAUCGGAAUCAGUUCCUUUUUGCUUGCAUUGACCAUUUUCAAUCAUUACCGUCUUCGCCUUCAUUUUUACAAGGCAAAACAAAAAGUUGACUCUUAUGACACUCUGAAAUCAUCGGGCUUACUAAUUCCUAUGAUAUGUGAAAUGGUUUACUGUAUGAUUUUUUGCCCGCCUGGCUUCAAUUGGGUCUUCACUUUUGAGCAGCUUGGAGGCUAUGUUGACUAUGCCUUCGACAUGCUGGUUUUAAUCGUUAUGCUUGGAAGGGUUUAUUUAAUAUGAAGAAUCGCUGCUAAUUAUUCAUCAUGAAAUGACGAAAAAGCUGAAGAAAUCUGCAACUCAUGUUUAUGUGAAGGAGGGGUAAAUUUCGCUAUCAAAGCAGAGCUAAAGGAAAGACCUUAUACAGUCGUUUCUAUUGUUUUAUUACUGUCAAUUUUGACUUUUGGGGUAGCUCUAAGAACUGCUGAAAGGCCAUUUAUGAAGGUUUCACUUAAGAACUGGGACUACAUGUGGAAUGGAAUGUGGUGUAUUGUAAUUACCAUGACCACUGUUGGUUAUGGAGAUUUUUUUCCAUCAACGCAUCUAGGAAGACUUAUAGAUGUGAUUGCUUGUUUCUGGGGGACUUUCCUGGUAUCCUUAAUGGUUGUCUCCUUAACGAUCAGUUCUGAAUUCACCCCUCAAGAAAGAAAAGCUUAUGAUAAAAUCAAAAGAGACGAAAGUGAAGAAGACAUCAAGGUAAAAGCUAUCAACGCUAUAAAAUGUGCCAUUAAACUUAGAAUCUUCUUAAAAAAAAACCCAUAUGCUUCAGAAAAACAAAAGGCUAGACUGACAAAUAAGUUUAAAAACGCGCUGAUUGAGUAUAUGCAUAUACCAAAAAAUGGCCUGACAAACUAACCCAUCUUUUUAAGAUGUGCAGCGAUAGGCUCUUGAGAGGCCAGUGAACCUAGUGGAAGAGAGAAUGGUGCUCAGGAAUGUGUAUCCGGCAGGGUUUUGCUGUGUAUUGUUGAGCUUGCCAUCACAUGCUCACAUCAAAACCAGAUUUUGCACAGUGGGAAAGGAAGCUCGGAGUUUGAAAUGGACGUCCCAGUUGUGCUAGAAGUUUACCCAAUCACUACUUUUUCCCAGCGAAAGACCACUUGUCGCGUCCUAGUCUUCGAGUUUCCAUUUUUGUCGUCAAAAACUAACCCCAUUGAUGCACAACAUGGUAACCCAGCGUCUCCCAGCUCUCAGGUCGCAAUCGCAAGCCCUCAUCUGUGAGAAGCAGCGCAUUUAAAGCCAGUUUCCAAACUGGCAAGCAAGUGGUGGCAUGAAAAUAGAGGCGAGUAGUAGCCUCAGGCAUGCAGGGAGCUUCUUUAUAAGUAAUUUAGUAAUUAGCAGCAUUGAUCGAGUAUAGGACAAAUAAAAGAAAUUUAGUAGCAAGCGAACAAGAUGCUCCAAUAGAGUAUAUUCUUGCAAAACUAAAUGAUAAAGUUUCAUUUGGCUUGGAAAGAAUCAAAAAUGACUGUCAUGUAUAUAAAACUUUGCUCGCUCGGCUUGAUUCCGCAGAAAUCAACCAGGUAAGCUUGCAAAACGAUAUCAAGACUUUAGAAGCUCUAAAUAGUCGUGUUUUAUCAAAACUGGAAAUGAUUAAAAAGCUCCAAGAUGAUCCAGAGCCUAAAAAAGCGUUUUAA